AUGGGGUUGACGACUUUUGCGGAUCGUAUGGCUGCUAUGAAUGUCCUCACUGAGGAGAAAUUAAGCCAUUGUACUAGGGUUUCGGUUGAGGGUUACGACACAUCCCUUCCUGUACAUGCUAUCACAUCGGCAUUGAGAGUCCACUUCAUGUCAUGUGGACAAGUCUGGAGUGUUGUGAUCCCCAAAAACCCUAUAAACUCCUGUGUCGUCGAGAGAUGUGGUUUCAUAUAUUUUGAAGAAGAAGAAGACGCGCAAGAGAAGGCGUCGCGUCAUGCGGAUGAUGUCAAGAGUGAAUUGUUUAGACAUUUCAGCUCCUGUGGAGAGAUCAUAUAUCUGACUGUCGACCAAGACCGUCGUCAACCCAAGGGUGUUCUCAGAAAGUGGGCUUUUAUUUGUAUAAACGGAGAAGACGCAUUAGAUAAGGCUCGCGCACUUAGUGGAACUGACUUGGGAGGAUGGACCGUAACUGUUUGGACUUUACCGGAAGAAUGUGGAAAGAUGCCUGACAACUUGAUCAACCUCCCUAUCAAGUAA